AAAAUCGUGAAUUAGUCAGCUCAGCCUUAAAUAACCUAGACCUAUAAUUAAGACCCCCAUCGCGAACCCUAGAUGCCAAAAGAACUAACCUAAAACCCCCACCCCACAAGUUCACGCCAAACACCAAAAUCCAAAACCAUAAUACCUUUCUCUCCUUUUAAUCGCCGAGAUUCAACUAAUCCCUCUGUUCAUCUAUAUCUCCCUCUCUGUUUCUCUUCGAGAAUGCCUGAAGAAGAGGAUCAAAACAUGAAUACUAAUCAAGAAGAAGAAGAAGAUUUUGAUGAUGAAGAUGAAGAACUUGAAGAAGAUGAAGAUAUGGAGGAGUAUGAUGAAGAUGAAGAUGAAGAUCUUGAAUUAGAUUCUCCUACAACUUCUUCUGAUCCUAUUCCUCAACAACCCACUAUUCCUAACAUUGCAACAACCACCCCCGUUGUUUCAACUUCUGUUUCCACCACCACCACCACUACUCCAGCAAUCGCCACCACCAUUACCACCACCCAAACUGGUGGUGAACCUGAAAUCAAGCGGCAAAAAAUUGAAGAACCCAUCACUCCAAUGACUAUAACGACAACAACUGAAGAGAGAAAACCCCCCUCAACUGAAGAGAGAAAAUUGUUUCAGAGGCUGUGGACAGAUGAAGAUGAAAUUGGGCUUUUACAAGGGUUUUUUGAAUACAAUACAAAACAAAGAGGUACUGGUACUAAAAACUCAUCAUCUUAUCAUCAUGAUACAGGUCCAUUUUAUGAUCAGAUCAAAACAAAACUACAGCUUGAGUUUAAUAAGAAUCAGUUAGUUGAGAAAUUAAGAAGAUUGAAAAAGAAGUAUAGAAAUGUUAUGAGUAGAGUCAGUUCUGGUAAAGAUUUAGUUUUUAAGACGCCUCAUGAUCAAUCUUGUUUUGAAAUCUCUAAGAAAAUCUGGGGUGCUGAGGCUGGUGGUGAUGUAGUAGUAUCUGGUGGUGGUGUUGAGGAGGAAGAUGGAAACCCUAAUCCUCUCCAGAUUGUUGAGGUAAAGAAUGUAACUUUAGGUAAUAAUGGGGGUGUUGCCGCGGAUAUUAAUGGUUCAGAGAAGCAGGCUAUUCCGAGGUCAAGAAAACGGAUUAGAAAGAGAACUGAGGUACCGCCUAAUGUUUCUAAUCCUUCAAAUAUUCCCGUGAAUUUUUCGGUUUCAAGUGUGAUUGAAGAGACUGUAAAGAGUUGUUUAUCUCCGUUGUUUAAAGAAUUGCUUCAGUCUGCGAUUAAUGGACCAAAUAAUGUAAGAGGGUUAGGAGUGAUGGGUUUAAAUCCAUUCAACUUUGGGGCUAAUUCUUCUUCUUCGAUGAAUUUGUUGAGCGGAGAAAUGGUGGAUGAGAAGUGGAAAAAACAGCAGGUACUGGAAUUGGAGGUUUAUGCGAAACGGAUGGACUUGGUGCAAGACCAAAUCAAAUUGGCAUUGGAGGAGCUGAGGUCAACCGGAGAUUGACAAGUCGUGUUUAUGGCGGUCCCCAUUACGAGAAUUGUGUUUGGACUGGGGGUGUUGCAUUGGUUGGGUUGUUGGACUACAACUGCACACAUAAGUUGGAUGUUGUUUAGUGCUGUCUGGGAAGAAGGUUCUGCGUAUCACGUGAUUCUCUGCUACCCACCUUAUUACCUUGUGCAGUGGCAGAUCAAUCUAUGUUCUCCGCACCAACCCCGCAAAGUUUCCAACCGCGUAUGUUAUCGUCUCCCAAUAACACGGCUGUCUCAGCCAUAUGCAACUCCACGUUUGGUUCUUCCCUGAACCCAGAAAAUUAGAAAAUCGAGAAUUGAGAACCAAAGACGUAUUGAAGAAAUGCAAAUUAUGCUGUUGGUUUCUUUGUGUAUGGCAAAUUUGUUACAUUUCAUU